AUGCAAUAUUCUUUCGUAGCUGCCGUGCUGGCCACUCUCCUCACUACAGCUACUGCUGCACCAUCCGAUCCCCUGGCUACACGUGUCGGGGUGGUGACCACCAAGGCAUCCAAGGGACAGUUGGUACAAAAAAGGGCACCUGUCGCAAAGUCUAGUGAUGCCGAGGCCAAUCCUUUGGACUCCAUCCUUGGUGACGCUGGCGGUACUGGCGGAGCUGCCGGGGGACUAGAUGGACUCUUUAGCGGAGCAACGGGAGGUAAAGGAGCGGGCGCCGGAGCGGGAGGCCUCGAUCAGCUCCUGGGUGGUUUGACCGGUGCUGCCGGAGGUACUGGUGGUGCAAAAGGUGGUGCUGCCGGUCAAGUUGGUCAGCUACUGGGCGGCCUAGCCAGAAGAAACACCACCGAUAAAGCACAGCCAGCUAACGAGGACGAGGAAGACGAAGACGAAGACGAAGAAGAAGACGAGUAUUGA